GAGGUUGUCAACAACAACUGGUCUGGGAGGAAGUAAAGUGUCAUUUGCUCGUUUGUUAGUUCACCGAGCAUGUUAGAGGAAGAUUUGUUUACAUAUUUACAGCGUACGGUUCAGUUUUUUUUAGAUAAGCCCGUCGCAUUUAGUCUGUUAAACAGCUAUGGGCUAUAAAGUUAUGGAUCCCAGCUAACGCUAACGUGAGAGCAGUGAGGAUACAGGCUGCUGUUCACUGUAAGAGACUGACUAGUAGUCUGCGUUGUGUUGAGGCCAGAUAGAAACACACAACGUCUGUGUCGAGCUGUUUUAAACGUGUUUUCUUGUGUUUGGACGUCUCAGAUCUCCUACCAUGGAUCCAUUUGACAGCAACAGCACAGACCGAGCAAACCUGCCGAGGAACAUGAUUGAGAACAGCAUGUUUGAAGAAGAGCCUGAUGUUGUGGAUCUGGCCAAAGACUCCACUGCGUUUCCGACGUUUCCUGCUCUUGACCCAGAUGAUGUGGUGUAUGAGCCUCGUAGUUCACGGUUGCUGGUGCGAGGACUGGGAGAGAAUGACAUGGACGACGAUGAGGAGGACUGCGAGUCUUCAGCCCGUCUGCUGGGCAUGUCCUUCAUGAACCGGAGCUCUGCUCACAGAUCCACUGGUUCCCCUUACACCAGACAGGAUCCGACCAGGUCAUGUUCACGACCCUCAGCCCGUACCACGGUUGUAUGUGUGUUAUUCCUGGUGAUAGUGGCUUCAAUGACCAUGGUACUGUACUUCUUACCUGGAUGCACCUUUACCAAGGCGGGUUGUCGAAAGAGCAACCAAACCACUCCUGUUGAGCCGGUCUACCCUUUGUCCACAAAUGGCGAAGUGUUUCCAUGGGCACAGCUCCGGCUGCCUCAGAGCAUUCGUCCUCUUAGCUAUGACCUCACCCUGAACCCUGACCUCGACAAGAUGACCUUCACCGGCCGCACCGUCAUCAACAUGUCUGUGCUUCAAAAAACCAAACGCAUCGUCCUGCACAGUGUUAAUCUCAACAUCACCAAAGCUACCAUCAAGCUGGGUGAUGGGGAGGCAAGAGAUGUGACUGUACUGGAGUACAAACCCAGACAGCAGAUAGCUGUUCAGUUCACUGAGGAGCUGAAGGCAGGCCAGUACUGUGUUUUGACCCUGGAUUACUUUGCCAACCUCUCACACACCUAUGAUGGUUUCUACAACAGCUCAUACACUGAUAAAGAUGGACACAAAAGGGUUUUAGCUGCAACCCAGUUCGAGCCACUAUCAGCUAGGAAGGCCUUUCCUUGCUUCGAUGAACCAGCUUUCAAAGCCACCUUCCUGAUUAAAAUCAGCAGGAAACCAAACUACAUGACUCUGUCCAACAUGCCUCAGGCUAAAAGCACACCACUCAAUGGCCUCAUACAAGAUGAGUUUGAAAAGACCAGUGUAAACAUGAGCACCUACCUGGUGGCCUUCAUCGUCGCUAACUUCACCCCGAACCACAAAAAUGUCUCAGACACUCUGGUGUCUGUGUAUUCUGUGCCAGAGAAGGAGGAGCACACUGGCUAUGCUCUGGACACAGCCUCCAAGCUGCUGGAGUUCUACAAUAACUUCUUUGAAAUUGACUACCCCCUCAAAAAACUAGGUCAGUACACACAUAUACUUGUACGUUUCACACAAAGUACACACACACUAUUUCCUCCUCCGACUGAUCUGUCUUUCCUCCCCUCUUUACACACCCCAAUAUCCUCCCUUUCUCUUUCGUCAGACUUGGUAGCCAUCCCAGACUUCCUGGCCGGAGCCAUGGAGAACUGGGGACUCAUCACUUUCAGAGAGACUAGCCUGCUGGUGGGCAAACAGUCCUCUCCUCUGGAAAAACAAGUAGUUGCCUCCGUCAUAGCGCAUGAGCUCGCUCAUCAGUGGUUUGGAAACUUGGUAACGAUGAGCUGGUGGAACGACCUGUGGCUCAACGAAGGCUUUGCCACUUACAUGCAGUACAUGUCGCUGCAGAGCGUGUUGCCCAAGCUGGACAUUGGUAAUUUGUUCCUGGCAGUACGCUUCAGAGCCUUGGACAAAGAUGCAUUAAACUCCUCCCACGCUGUGUCGACUGACGUUAAUAAGCCCGAACAGGUGGAAGAGAUGUUCGACUCUGUCUCCUAUGAGAAGGGUGCGUCCAUUCUCCUGAUGCUGAACGCCUCCCUGCCAGGGGAGCAACAGUUCAGAAAGGGUAUCAUUCAAUACCUGAAACAGUUCAGUGGUUCAAACACGGACACUGACGGCCUCUGGAACAGCCUUACACAGGUCGACGUCUCGGCGCAGCACCAGAAUGUGUCAGAGAUGAUGAGCUCAUGGACGUCACAGAAAGGCUUCCCAUUGGUCACUGUAAGCCGAAAGGGAGGUGAGGUGACCCUCACACAGGAGCACUUCCAGCUCACGUCUGACAAUGCCACGCAUACUUCCAGCUUGUGGAAUAUUCCAGUGACGUACGUAACUGACAACUGUAGUUUGGCCCCUGAGUGCAGAAAGAUGUUCACUCUGAAGACCAAGUCAGGGACUCUGAAGGAGCUACCGGAAGAUGUAAAGUGGCUGAAGUUGAACUACAGAAACACAGGCUUCUACAUCGUCCACUAUGGAGACGAUGGCUGGGCUGCUCUUAUAGAUGCUCUGUCCAGCAAUGUCAACGUUCUGACACACGAGGACCGUGCCUCGCUCAUACACAACAUCUUCGCUCUCUCCAGACUGGGACGUGUGACCUUCCGCCAAGUCCUCAACCUGUUGAAUUACAUAUCCAAUGAAACUGAGACUUCUCCUGUGACAGAGGCCUUGUUACAGCUCAAUGUAAUCUACCAGCUGCUUGACAAAAGACAAGAGCACGAUCUUGUGGCACGCAUGCAGAAUUAUAUUCUGAAUCAGUUUGGUUCCAUGAUGACCAAUCAAACAUGGGAAGAGGAGGAGAGCGUGUCUAAACAGGAGCUGCGCUCGGCCCUGCUGGGGACGGCCUGUAGUCUGAAUGAAAGAAACUGCACUCAGAAAGCCAAGGAGCUGUUCAAACAGCAUGUGGAGUCCAAUGGGACCUCACGGAUUCCAGGCGAUCUGCAGCGAGUUGUAUUCACUGUGGCCGCUCAAUCAAAUGAAGAUUGGGAUACUUUGUUCGGCAUGUAUGGACGGGCUACCUAUGAUGCAGAGAAGCGAAAAAUGCUACGGGGCCUAGCAUCCACUCAGGACGCACGGCGUAUAGUAUGGCUUCUGAAGGAAGGUCUGAAGGGGGAUUUUAUCCAGACUCAGGAGCUGCCUUUGGUCAUCAGCACUGUGUGUGACGGCUUCACUGGCUACUUGUUUGCCUGGGAUUUCGUACAAGAGAACUGGGACCGCCUCAUAGAGAAGUUCCCUGUGGGCUCCUUUGCCAUUCAGGCAAUCAUCAAGGCUGUCACCUCUCAGUUCUCCACACGGGCACACCUUAAUCAAGUUCAGGGUUUCUUCUCUAGUCUGAAGGAGCGCGGCUCUCAGAUGAGGAGCGUGCAGGGAGCUUUGGAAACCAUCAAGCUGAACCAGCGCUGGAUGGACGAGAACCUGGCCACGCUCAAGAGAUGGCUCUAAUGCAGGCGCUCCAUGCGGUCUCCGCCCCACUGACAGGCAACAGGGGCGUGUCGUCACGACAACAGCAGUGUUUGCACUAUUGUAGGACUGUGUCUCUUGAACUCCCUUUAUCCAGGCCAGAGGUUUUUUGCUCUACCUGGGCGGACAAGGUGUUACAUUUUCUGAGAUUGGUCCUGUGAGUUGUAUUUGCUAGCUCAGGGUGGCUCUGAUUGUGUGUCUGACAGGAAGUUGUCAGACACAAACGCACACUCCUCACACUUUAUGCUGUCGACCAAACUUCUCCUCUGCGGCUCUCAUCUAAACCUCAUGCCUGAGCAGCCAAUCAUGCUUCACCCACACUCCUUUCGCUCAGCCGGCUCUUAGGCACUUUACUGUGUGAGCUGUGUAACGGCCACUUCAAGAAGAGGAACUAUGAAGAAUAUCAACAUUACUGCGUAUGUGUGUACUGUCAGUCAGUCCCGGACUUUCCGUCAAAUCGUCGGAUACAAUAUAUAAUGAUGCAGCUGUCAGGGAUUUCUCAAUGAUGAGAAGUUGAAAUGACCGGUACUUUAUGGAGGAAUUAUUCUUAGAAUUAAACUGACCUUGUAUCGCCGUGUUAUAAGAAUAGCUGCCUGCCAUUCUGAACUCUAGUCACUCAUGCAAACGGAAGCAUAUAUUAUAUUAGUCGUGAUUUUGCUAGAAGAUUGGUUGGUUGGUUGGUUGAUAGCUUAAAAUACCAAACUUGUGUUGGCAUAAAUUGAAUGUACUGAAAAACCUUCCCACUGUGUACAGUAGAUGGCGUACUGCACAACAGAGCAGGUUUAAAUCAACAACCAAUGUGUCUUAGGUGAGAGCAGGCAGUUUGUUUCUUUCUUCCUCUACCAGUCAUAAGCCCAGUUUUAGCUCUGAUUAACAAGUUUUAUUGUGAUAGCUUUUUUGCCGGCAGUGCAGUUACUGUACAGACUCCUUCUUUAACACAGUGUGCUUGUAAACUUGUAAUUAUAAUGUAAAUAUGCUCAACCCCCUGCGAUUUUGGAUGUACUGUUUCAAACAUCUUUUAGGAUUUGCUUUGUGUUGUGUGUGUGUGUGUGUGUGUGUGUGUGUUUAGCGUGUAAAGAGGAAAUGUAUACAUAGAAUUGGUCAAGAGUCUUGGUCAAAUACUUUUAUUGUAUUUCUUGAUGGAAACCGCCCCAGGGAGGUCAUUUGCAGAUGAAUGUUUGUGUUUUAAGGGCUAAUGUGCAUAUUGAAGGUAUAGAAGGACAUUUAUAUUGGACAUGACUAAUCUGUGCAGUAAGCUGUUCAUCAGCCACAUAAAAAUACAGAAGGUUUAAAGUUACUCCGAUGUUACCGGGUCAUGUUUCUCCUGAGAACGACGAGUAGCCUAGCUAUUUAUUGAGAGCGUGUCUAAACAUGUUUCCCCAAUUUUUUCUUCAAAGAUUUUAUUUAAAUACAGUUGUACGCUCAUCCUGAGCUUUAUUUAAAGUGGCACUGUUUACUUAUCCACUCCAUUACUGUCAUGAUAUUCAGGAUAAUUGAGUAAAUAUACAGUAGUAGAUUCUGUCGUUUUCAUUGAACGUCCCUAACAUCUUCAUGAGAUUUGAGACAUCUCUGUUUUUGGUUGUUAUAUUAUCUUCUGAAGCGUCGUUGUCUCAUUUAUGUAAAAACUUUCCUGAGAUGUAUGUCACAAAGGCAACUCACAUUGGUUCAGAUCCCAGUAGUGUUACCUCAUCCCUGCACACAGGUGGGAAACCUUUUAAAAGGGUCAUGUGCUUGUUGCUGCACUAGCGGUUGUUCGCAGUGGCUGCCAGGAGGAGUGGGAUCCAGGAGGGGACCAGACCGAGGGAAGUCCAGCACAUUUAGAUCUUCUUAGUUAUACUUUUAUGUCCUGGCUAGUUGUGUAGAUCAUACUGUUUUAUUGUGAAAAAGUUACACUUUUUUCCAGCUGCCAGCAUUCAAAUGAAUUCAUUAGCUUUAUUGAGGCUCUGGGACUUUGAUGUUCCAUCAUAUUUUGUUGAGAAAAAACAACUGUUUCAUGUGAAGUCAGUUGCAAUAAGCUUUAAGAGACGAGAGUUGCUGAUGUCAUUCAGGUACCAGGUUCAGUGGAAGCUGGUGAAUCAGUGAUGUGGCCGGUCUGAUGAGAGGAUUGUAGUAGAGCGCCACAUGUGCAGUAACCCCAAUCAGAUCGCCUUUGAUUUUGCACUGGGAUGAAAUGCUGCAGAUGCUUUUGAAACUUUGUUGCUCUCCAUGUGAAUAAAAUAUGAAUAAAAGUUGUUUUCUGAA